AACGCGACCACGGUCAACUUUUUGUCUUUUUCUUCUCCUUUUAGGAAUUGUUUUGGGUGCUUGCCUCGCCGCCGUUGUUUGUAUCUUCUCGAGCAGCAUCACCUAUAGAUAAUCGAGAUACACGCCGAAAACCUCUCCCAACCCCCGGCGAGGACAACCCGAACCGAGUUUGAUCAGACGCGAAGCCAUCCAUCUGCAAUCCCAUCCAUGGUCGACCACCGCCGCGACGACCGAGACAAAGACGGCAAGGACGACACCAUGGCGUCUGCCGACGUGAGUAUCCCGCGUCGGGAGCGCAGAGACCGAGAUGGAGGCGACUCGUACCGGCCCUCACGAGAUGACAAGCGCUCGCCGCCUCCCGCACGAGACCGUUCGCCGCCGCGCGUGCGCACCGAGGAGGAGAAGCAGGCUGCAGCAAAGGCCGAGUACGAGAAGCUCCUGACGAUGCGAUCGGGCGGUACAUAUAUUCCUCCAGCUCGUUUGCGUGCUCUGCAGUCGCAAAUCACAGACAAGACCAGCAAGGAGUACCAGCGCAUGGCCUGGGAGGCCCUCAAGAAGAGCAUCAAUGGUCUCAUCAACAAGAUCAACACAGCCAAUAUCAAGCACAUUGUCCCCGAACUCUUUAGCGAGAACCUGAUUCGUGGGCGCGGCCUCUUUUGUCGAUCGAUUAUGAAGGCUCAGGCAGCCAGUUUGCCGUUUACGCCCAUCUACGCCGCCAUGGCAGCCAUUGUCAACACAAAGCUGCCCCAAGUCGGCGACCUCCUGACGAAGCGAUUGGUGAUGCAGUUCCGCAAAAGCUUCAAGCGAAACGACAAGUCCGUCUGUCUAUCCUCAACGACCUUUUUGGCGCACCUCAUCAACCAGCAGGUGCAGAGCGAGAUGCUCGCCGGUCAGAUCCUCCUCCUUCUCCUCAACAAGCCGACCGACGACAGUGUCGAGAUUGCUGUAGGCUUCUAUCGCGAGGUUGGACAGUUCCUAGAGGACAUGCGCCCCGCCAUUGCCAACCUCAUCUUUGACCAAUUCCGCACCAUCCUUCACGAGGCCGAUAUCGACAAGCGUACGCAAUACAUGAUUGAGGUGCUGUUCCAGGUGCGCAAGGACAGAUUCAAGGACAACCCCGCCAUCAAAGAGGAGCUGGACCUUGUGGAAGAGGAGGACCAGAUUACGCACCAGGUCGACCUGGACGGCGAGAUCAAUGUGCAGGACGGGCUCAACAUUUUCAAGUUUGACGCCGACUGGGAAGAGAACGAGGACGCCUACAAGAAGCUCAAGGCCGAAAUCUUGGGCGAAAACAGCGACGAUGAAGACGACGACGACGAAGACGAGAGCUCCGACGAAGAGGACGAGGAAACAAAGGCUAUGGAAAUCAAGGACCAGUCCAACGUCGACCUGGUCAACUUGCGCCGUGUCAUCUACCUGACCAUCAUGUCGAGCGCGGAUCCUGAAGAAGCCACUCACAAGCUGAUGAAGAUCAACCUCCCCGCCGGCCAAGAGCCCGAGCUGCCUUCCAUGAUUGUCGAAUGCUGUUCGCAAGAAAAGACAUACACCAAGUUCUUCGGCCUCAUUGGCGAGCGCUUCGCCAAGAUCAACCGUCUAUGGUGCGACCUCUUUGAGCAGGCCUUUGCCAAGUACUACGAGACGAUCCAUCGCUACGAAAACAACAAGCUGCGCAACAUUGCCAUGCUCUUUGGCCACAUGUUUGGCUCCGACGCCAUCUCAUGGCACAGCCUCUCUGUUAUCCACCUCAACGAGGACGAGACGACAUCGUCCAGCCGUAUCUUUAUCAAGAUUCUCUUCCAGAGCAUCAUUGAGGAGACGGGCAUGGCCAAGCUGCGCGAGCGCAUGGUCGACACCACGCUGCGCCCCGAGCUCGCGGGUCUCUUCCCCCAGGACAAUGCCCGUAACAUCCGCUUCUCCAUCAACUACUUUACUAGUAUCGGCAUGGGCGCGCUGACCGAGGAGAUGCGCGAGUUCUUGCAGAACAUGCCUAAACCCGCGCUUCCUGCGCCUGCGCGCGCCGCCUCCGAUUCCGACUCGGUCUCGAGCUACUCAUCUCGCUCUGGCUCGUACUCGUCCCGCUCCCGCUCGAGAUCUAGAUCCAGAUCCAGAUCUCGCGGCCGUUCCUUCUCUCGCACCCCAUCUCGCCGCAACGACUCCCGUUCCCGAUCCGGCUCCUACAGCCGCUCACGUUCACGCUCUCGCUCGCGCUCCUACAGCCGCUCCAGGUCCAGAUCCUCACGCGGUAGCUACGACAGCCGCAGUCGCAGCCGCUCGCGAUCCUACUCUCGCUCCGUUAGCCGUUCUCGCUCGCCAGCCGGCCGCCGCAGCCGCAGCCCAGUACAAGGUGCUGCUUCAGGUUCCCAUCGCCGCAACAGCUCGUCCGUCAGCCGCUCCAGAAGCCCUGCUCCGCGCGCCGCCAACAACGAGGGCCGCGAUUCGCGAUCCCCGCUACCUAGAGGCAGCCGUGGACGAUCCUACUCGCGCACGCCUAGCCGUUCGCCGUCGCCUCGUCCCCGAGGGCGAGAGGGAUCGUCUAGCCCUGGAAAUAAGAGGAGGAGAGUGUCGGAGAGUGCUUCGCGGUCACCACCACCGCAGAAGCGUGGCCGACCAAACUAAGCGAGGCGUAUAGAUAGGAAUAUUGCUUUCUCAUUGUAUUAGUGGCGUUUUGUGUAACAUAAGAAAAAGUAUCUUAGCAAAAGAAUUUGUGUUUGCGUC